GACAACGGACUCAUAAGUAAAGCUCAGAUGUUAUACCGCUCUCCCCUCUAUUUGAAGCAAGACUUCAGUAAUUGGAUAUCCAUCUCCAUACCAUGCGAGUCUCGUUUUCCUCCAUAUUGACAUUGGCCUUGGGCUCCACCGUCGUGCCGCAAGUGCUGGCUUGGGGAGCAGCAGGACACGAAAUAGUGGCGACAAUAGCUCAAAUACACCUUCACCCCUCCGUAUUACCCACACUCUGCUAUAUCCUGAACUACAACGGCACAUGUCAUCUCGCACCCGUAGCUGCAUGGGCUGACAAGAUCCGAUAUCUUCCACAAUUCAGAUGGACGGCACCUUUGCACUACAUUGGUGCUGUAGACGACUAUCCUAGCGAAACUUGUGCGUUCCCCGGAGAACGUGGUUGGGAGGGCAAGAAUGAUAUCAAUGUACUCAACGGUAUUAGAAACGUCACUGGUGUCCUGGAAGAUUGGGUGGACCUACGCAGGGCCGGUGUUACUACUGCGUCUGACAAUGCAGGGGCACAGGAAGCGCUCAAAUUCCUUAUACAUUUCCUGGGGGACAUGCACAUGCCUUUGCACCUAACAGGGAGAGAUCGCGGUGGAAAUGGCGACAAGGUUACAUUCGACGGUCGAGUGACCAAUCUUCAUUCCGUCUGGGAUGGUCUCCUCAUUGCGCAGCGCCUCCGAACUAUACCUAGCAAUUAUACGCGUCCCCUUCCUUUGAAUAACGUGGAACGUCAUCUCCGCGGUACAAUCUAUGACCCAUACGUCCGUCGUCUCAUAUGGGAGGGUGUACUAGGCAAAUACCAUGAUGAGCUGCAGUCAUGGCUCACAUGUCCGUCUACUGAUGCCGCUACACCCGUUACACAGUCGAUGUGGCAGCAAGUCGUAUCCUUAUUUAUUGGCCAACAAUCAAAGGAUGGAGGAUUGGGUACGGAUGAUGAAGUGUUGUGCCCUUACUAUUGGGCUAAACCUAUCCAUGCGUUAAAUUGCGAGAUUGCAUUCCCCAAGGAACUGGACGAGCCUCCUUAUAGCCAUGCGCUCUCGAUCGACGACACUAACCAAUUCGAUGAAUCUGCUUCAUGGAGAAAGAAGAUCCAGUAUCUCGAGCUUGACACUCCCAAAUAUGCUGGUGUCAUCAGAGAAGAGUGGAUUGUAGAGAAGCUGCUUAUCCAGGGUGGUAUCAGGCUUGCUGCAGUUUUGAACUGGCUUUUCAUUGACUCAGAAGAGAAUACAAAACGAGAGUUGCUCGUGAACUUGCAGUGAAUAUUUCCCAUGAUAUCAAAUCACCAUCCUCACUACGUAUUUCUUCUUAUACCAUCCUCGAGCUCUGCCUAGAAUGCAUUGAAUACAAUUAUGAUUUCAAAAGUUGACAACGAAAUUGAAUUUAGAACCAAGUACUGUAUUAUACACAUUCAAGUAGGACGUGAGGCCCAUAUAUAACACAAAAAAAAGGAUCAAUUGGGUACCUAUGCAAUUGAAGUCAGCAUAAAUUUUUUUCUACAAGCCAGGGCAGAUGAGGUCAGAAAAGCCAGUGUUUUCUUGUUCCACGCCACACCAUAGCAGUACAACCCACAAGUGCACCCCAAGACGGGAUGUACAUGUAUGCCCUUGUAAAACAAGAGUGGUCGCAGCCACCAAGCAAUAGACGAGUAAUUCAACGAAUGGAUGAACUUGUUUUCGUCUCGAAGGGUGGAAUGGAUUGGGAAAAGGCUUACCAUCACAUAGACAACCGACGAAGCACAAAAAAUUCACAUUAGUAUUACAUGCCGCUCAGGAGUGAGUAGCCCAUGACACUCAAUUCUACCAC